AUGCUUAUGGAAGCUCGGUUCAUGGUCAGGAGUACUACUUUACCGCCAAUCCUAAUUGGUGGCAUCAAAACGGAGCCUCCCAGCACCACAGUUCUUCAUUCGCAACCCCUUAAAAUACAACGCAACCCGAGAGACGCCCUUGGCACAAUUUGGUCUCACGGCUGCACCGACUUCUACUGCUACCCGGAAAUAAUCGCAGCUCCAAGAUGUUGUGUCCGGGUUUCAGAAUACGUCAUGGAAUGUGAAAACCUGGAGCGGACUGCGGACAUUCCACGACAGUCUGAUGAUUCUAUCAGGUGA